CAUCUAUGUUCUGCAUGUCGUUUUGUCUACUUUCAGUCAUUUUUUCCUUUCCCUAAUUGUAUUUUUGGGGAUUAGAAUGACGGAAGUUGAGAAUUCUGCGGAAUCGGUGAAAAUGAGUUUGUUAAUCAAUGGUGGUGCGAAUGCUGAGCUGUUGAAGAAACGUCCCCCGGAGAACGGCCAUGCCAGCGUUGGUUCUCUGAAGUACAAGAGGCGGAACGUGGUUGUCAAGAGGGAUUUUCCAAGGGGUUGUGGACGAUUUGCAGAGAGGAUUAAUGGAGUUUCGAAGCUAGACGAUGAAAGCUCCAAUCUUGGGGCAGAGAAUGGAACAAUUGUUGAACCUGAACCUGUUAGAGAUUCUGGAUUUUUGAGCGGGUCUUCAGGUUCGGACCCGUGGAAGGGUUCGAUUCAGGCAGAAUCAGACACGUCCAAGACAUCGACCACUGAGACGGCGAAGCCGUUAGAAACUUCAGAUCAGGUGGAAACGCUUGAACCAGCGAAAGCUUUGGAGCGUGAGACGUCGACCCACAUAUCCCAUGCUAUGGAUUCUGAGACCGCGGAGCCGCCAGAAGCUUCAGAUCGGUUGGAAAGGCUUGAAAUGGUGAAAUCUCUGGAGCAUGAAACAUCCACCCAUAUAUCCCAACAACCUCUGGUUUCUGAGAGUGCGAAGCCGUUAGAAACUUCAGAUCAGGUGGGAAAGCUUAAAAAGGUCAAAACUUUAGAGCAUGAAAUAUCGACCCAUGUGGCCCAAGCUCUAGAUUCUGAGACUGCAAAACCAUUGGCCACGCUUGAUAAGGUGGAAGUUCCUGAACCAACCCAAAGUGUUGAUCCCGUGGCAACAGUACUAUCUGAACCUUCAGGUCAGGUAGAACUGCCUGAAUUGUCCAAAAAUUUAGAACCUCUAAACAGGAGUGCCACUGGAUUGGUGCCGCCAAGAAGUUCUGUUCUGCUGGAGACUUCGGAAGUGUCCAAGGUUUCGGAUCAACCUCAACUGUACAUACCCAUUGUUGGAGGUACUGAAAAGACCCAUCGGUUAGUUAAAAUUCCUCGCAGAAGAGCUUUGGUUGUCCGACAUUUCCCUCCAGGUUGUGGGAGAAAUGCUCCUCCUAUGAGUAGGGAAGAGUAUCUGAAAGUUGUUGAUUCUCUGAAAGGCGCAAGUGCAGAUAAGGGAACACCUACUGGUGGACAUAUGCCAUCUGAGAAGUCAGUCCAGGAUUAUGCUGGACCAAUUCCGGAGAGAGUCAAGGAUGAAGAUGCUUUUAGUGUCAAAUUGAAAAGGAAUGUCACCAAAGAAAUUGAGACUACGGUUCAAAGCAAAUCUGAAGAUGAUUUUAGCCAAAAAAUUGCAGAACAAGUGCCAAUUAGAAUAGCUUCUGAGACUAGGAACGAUGCAAAACAACCCAAAGAGAAAAUUAAGGAAGGUGAUGCUCCUACUGGUAAAUUCAAAGGCAAUCGAGCUGUAGGAAUUGGUGACAAAGUCAGAGUUAAAUCAGAAGAAGUUUUUGGCAAAGAAAUGACAGAGCAAGUUCAAGUCAGAACGUCUGGCAUUAAACUAAAGCAGGAAGUUUUGAAAGAAACCAGCAUUAGAUCUCCGAGGGAGAAUAUUUUGUUUCGGUCGAAUACUAAUUCUCAGUCAGUCAGUACUAUUACGACAGAUGGAUUUUCGAAGGGAAAACUGGGAAAGGAUGUGAAUAGCAGCAAGGACAAGAGUUCUAAGAGACAAUUUCUUGGGGAGACUCAAGAUGAAGUAGAUGCAGUUAGUAAAUCUCGUGGAAAAAUGAUUGUUAGUUUGCAGCCCUGUGAGGCGGUGGUCGUGCAAGCUUUGAUGGCUGCACCAAACUGUCCAUGGAGGCAGGGAAAACGAGGUAUCAAAUCUAGUCCGACAAUUAGUACGGCCAGAAACAAAGCAAAGAAGCAUGAACUUGUGGUACAGGACAAAUCUGCAUCUGUUUCCAAGAGAAAUAGAGCUGAAUCAGAAAAUUCAGAAGGAAAAUAUAAAAAGAAGAAAUUGCCUCCUGCUGAAAUAGAUGGUCAUCAAGGUUGUCAACAGGUUCUCGGGGAUGAGGAAGAUACUCUGGAGCAUGUUGAAGUGGGUGAAAAUGUUCUUUUGGAUAAAAAACCGCGAAAUUUCGAAGUGAGGCCUAUCCCAUUUGGUCUUCAUACUUCGAGUAGUAAAGGAGGUGGUUCUAAAGUUACCCGUGAAAAAGUUAGGGAGACUCUACGUUUCUUCCAAGUGAUCUUUAGGAAAUUCUUACAAGGAGAGGAAGCACAUCCGAAAGAUCAAGGAAAUACUGGCAACCGGUUAGAUCUACGGGCUGCAGCUGUUCUCAAGAAGGGAAACAAAUGGGUUAAUAUUGAGAAGAUCUUAGGACCUGUCCCUGGGGUCGAAGUUGGCGAUGAAUUUCAUUAUAGGGUUGAGCUUGCAAUUGUUGGUCUUCACAGACCAUUUCAGAGUGGUAUAGAUUCUAUAAAGAAAGAUGGAAAAAUUCUUGCGACAAGCAUUGUAGCCUCCGGUGGUUAUCAUGAUGAUAUGGAUAGUACUGAUGUAUUGAUUUAUUCUGGUCAAGGAGGAAAGCCAAUGGGUGGGGAGAAGCAAAAGCAAGCCGAAGAUCAAAAACUUGAGCGAGGAAACCUUGCACUAAAGAAUGGUAUGGAUGCAGGAACUGCUGUGAGGGUUAUCCGUGGAUUUAAGGAAACAAAUAGUUCUGAUUCUGCGGAAUCGAAGGGUAAGAUAAUUGCGACCUACAUCUAUGAUGGGCUGUACUUAGUGGAGGAUUACUGGACAGAGUCGAGCACUUACGGUACUUCUGUCUUUAAAUUUAAGCUGAAAAGAAUUCCAGGCCAGCCAGAGCUUGCUCUGAAAGAGGUGAAGAAGUCAAAAAAGUCCAAAGUUCGUGAGGGUCUCUGUGUAGUUGAUAUUUCUCAAGGGAUUGAGAAGAUGCCCAUUGGUGCUGUGAACACCAUCGAUGAUGAGAAACCUCAGCCAUUCACUUACAUAACCAAGAUGAUAUAUCCUGACUGGUACAAACCUAUUCCUCCGGCAGGAUGUGAUUGCACCGAUGGUUGCUUGAAUUCCAAGAUAUGUUCCUGUGUAGCCAAGAAUGGAGGGGAGAUCCCAUUCAACUAUGAUGGGGCCAUUGUGGAAGCGAAGCCUCUUGUUUAUGAGUGUGGUCCUUCUUGCAGGUGCCCUCCUUCUUGCCAUAACAGAGUCAGCCAACGUGGAAUCAAAUUUCAGCUGGAGAUUUUCAAGACUGAAUCGAGGGGCUGGGGGGUUAGAUCUUUGACAUCCAUCCCUUCCGGAAGUUUUGUAUGUGAGUAUACAGGAGAAUUGCUGCAGGAUAAAGAGGCUGAGAAAAGAACUGGUAAUGAUGAGUAUCUAUUUGAUAUUGGAUAUAACUAUAAUGAUCAUGCGCUAUGGGAGGGACUACCAGAUGUAAUACCAGACAUGCAAAUUAAUUCUCCCUGUGAAGUUGUGGAGGAUGCAGGCUACACCAUUGAUGCAGUUCAGUAUGGGAGUGUUGGAAGAUUUAUCAACCAUAGUUGUUCACCGAACCUUUAUGCACAAAAUGUCCUUUAUGAUCAUGAUGACAAGAGAAUGCCUCACAUAAUGCUUUUUGCUGCUGAGAACAUUCCUCCAUUGCAGGAGUUAACUUACCAUUACAAUUAUACAAUAGGUCAAGUUUAUGAUGCUGAAGGCAAGGUCAAGGAGAAGAGAUGCUGCUGUGGUUCUGCUGAGUGCAGUGGCAGGCUUUACUGAAGCAGUUUGCUUCCUUUUCAUUUUUUUCAUUGUAAGUUGUUAUAAGCAUCAAUAAUUUUGUUGUAAAUCGUUUGUUUCAUUGUAAAAUUCACACCAUGUUUUCUGCCUCCUAGAAAUAUAGUACUCUAUUGAUUUUAACAUGCAUGCUAAUCACAGAUGCAGACUGGUCUUAGGGGCACCUGAAAUUUUUUCCUCUUUCCUGAUUUUUUGAAUUUCUAAUUUUAA